AUGGCAACCACGUACGAUGUGAAGCUGCCCCUCCAGAGGGAAAGUCUCCAAACCAUUGGACUGCUCAAGAAAGGGAAGCCAGUAUCAGGUCCUCGACCGCUUGUUGUCUUUCUCCACGGCGCCGGCAGCAAUGCCUCAUACUUUGACAACCGAAUUUACUCCUAUCCCCAGAAGCUGAGUGAGCUCGGUCAUCCUGUCCUUAAUGUCCAGCGCCCGGCAUACGGCGGCACCCCAGUACCGGCCACAACAAAGCCACUCCAGGACUCGAUCCCCCUGAUCACCGAUCUGAUUAAUCAGGCGUACCAGGAGCAUGCUGGUGGUAAGGGCGGGAUCGUCAUCAUUGGCCAUUCAGCUGGCGCUGCCGUAGCAGUCGCCAUUGCUGCUCAGCCCGACAGUCCGUUGCCAAUUGUUGGACUCAGCGUAUUGGGCUUAGUUCCCGUAGAGCAGGACAACCUGCUCAUUCCCCGUCCGGAUCCUGACCCCGAGAACCCUCGGCUGUCAGCUGAGCAUAUGCCACCCUCGGCAUCAGAGUUUAUGGGUCCAUUGCAGUAUCUCAAUGGAGACGUGUUUGGGAACGUUGCCAUGAUCAAGACGGUCUUCGAGCCUUUGUCCCGCCCUGAGAUUCGAGAAUAUCCAGGCUCCGAAUGGCAUAAUCUGAUGGUGAACAACUACAUGCCAGCAAUCAAGGUGCCUGUGCAAUACCUCGCUACUGAGUAUGAGGGUAUCUGGACAGGAAAAGAAGCCGGACAGCCAAUCUUCGACUAUUAUGCCAGUCGCUUCGUCAACUCACCCGAGGUUGAAGCCAAGAUUCUAUCUAAAGGAGGUCACAGCUACGAUUUCAGUUUGAAUGCGGGCGAGCUUCAUGAGCUGAGACUGAAUUUUAUUGCGAAAGUGGUGAGUCAACUUGUCAAGGGCGCACCGUUGACACUAAUAUGCUAA